AUGGUCCGACACAAGAAAGACAACUUCUCGCGAGGAGGCAAAAAAUUCUCAGCACCCCGCCCGCGCCCAGCACCCCGCGGCGAGGACGAGACCGAUGGCUCCAGGCCCCCCUUUAAGGCUGCUUGUUGGGAUCUGGGACACUGCGAUCCUAAGAGAUGCUCUGGAAAGAGGCUUAUGAACUUUGGGUUGAUGCGAGAGCUGCAGAUUGGUCACAAGUUUCCCGGAGUUGUCAUCUCACCGAAUGCGAAACGUAUCGUAUCGCCUGCCGACCGAGACUUGUUGGAACAGUACGGUGCUGCGGUGGUUGAAUGUUCGUGGGUGCGCGUGAAGGAGGUGCCGUGGUCUCGCAUUGGCGGGAGAUGCGAAAGACUCUUACCCUAUCUUGUUGCGGCGAAUACGGUCAAUUACGGUAAACCAUGGCGUCUAAACUGUGUCGAAGCCCUGGCCGCCUGCUUCUGUAUCUGCGGACACGAAGACUGGGCCAAAGAGGUCCUGAAGCACUUCCGCUACGGCGAGGCCUUCCUUGAAAUCAAUGCGCAGUUGUUCAAGCGCUAUGCCGCGUGCGCCAACGAAGAAGAGAUCAAGAAAGCUGAGGAAGAAUGGCUGGCCAAGAUUGAGAAGGAGUACGAAGAUAGUCGAGCCGAGGGAGGAGACGACAUUUGGACAAGCGGAAAUACCAAUCGACGAGCUCCAGCGUCAGACUCAGACGAGGAAGAGAACGACGAUGAUGACGAUGAAGAUGCCAGUGACGAAGAGAAAGGUACGGACGACGAUGACGACAACGGUGAAGAGGAAGAAGAGGAAGAAGAUAAAGAUCCAUUUGCGAUCUCGGAUGAUUCCGAAGAUGAGGAACAGAUGGCCGAGAUCAGACGCAAGAUCCUCGGCUCAAAAUCCUUUCAAAACCCUUCGGCGACGGACAAACCGGAACCGGAGAAGAUUGCGCGACCUGAACCUGGACCAGAGGCACUCGUCGAUUCGGACGCAGAGUCUGGAACAGCCGGAAGCGAGGACGAAGCCUUUGACAGCAUUAUCAAUGCGACGCCUGUCACUGAUCGGACGGGGAUCAUUGCCAUGCAACGGAAGAAAGCGAAAGAGACCGUUAGCGCUUCCUUUUCGCGGACAGUGGUCUCGGCUCCUAAACGAUGGUGA